GGAACAACCCGGUAUAUCAACAACCACAGAACUAGGGUAGUGACAACGGAACCACCAGGUAUAUCAACAACCACAGAACUAGGGUAGCGACAUAAGAACCACCAUGUAUAUCAACCACAGAACUAUUUUAGUGACAUUUUAACCUCUAGGCGUAUCAACAACCAUAUAACUUGAUAUUACAAGGGCAAAUCGUUCAAAAUGCAAAUAUAAGUAAAAUCCGUGUUAAAUCACAUUCUCAAAAGGAGAUCGAUGGUAACAACAGGUCUGAUUCGACUACUCAAAAAUGUAAAAAAAAAUAAUCUAGGUCAACCAAUUCCGAAAGCAGAUGCUACUCAUUUGCCUUACAGGAACCUUUAAGACCACGAACAUUAAUUUAUGUGGUAGGAGUGUGCAAAAUUCUGUCAAGGAUCUGGAAAUAAAGCAAGGAGAAAAAUGCUAAGAGUAUAAGCUGUUAAAUGAAAAUGUGUAUGUGUUUGUUGCUUUUUUUUUUAUACAUUUGUGUAUAACCCUCAUGUAUGAUUUAUCGUAACACUAUAGAAUGAGUUUACCAAACUGCAUUUAAAAAAUAGGAAAAUGUUUUUGAAAUAAUUUUUACUGUUCCUCAAUUCAAAAGAGUUCCUAAGAAAUGGCUACACAGCUACUCACAGUAUUCGUAUUCAUAAACCCGCAACGUAGGAGGGAAAUGAAAGUGUUACAAAGCAAACGAGGUAACAGUUUGAACAAACCACGUGCCAAAUCCGCAAUACAAUGUAUAAAGAUGGAGUAAAGUAAGGUUUUACAUUUCGUGUGAGGACAUUUUUCUUUUCAAUGUCGUAUGCAUACCUCGCAAACUAAAGCUAUGUGUUAUGAUAUUAUGACUGGUAAAAAUGAAUGUGGACGUGACGUGAUAUAAACUUCGUGAAAAAGUAAGACGUCAAGGUUAACAGUUACGUGGAAUAAUUACAACGAACGGUUUACUUAUACAUUCGAAUGAUAUAAGAAAGAAUACAUAUAUAACAAACAGUUUCGAGCUGAUGCUUUUACUUGUAAACUGUUGCUGUCCCGCGAAGAUGAUGCUCAAGCCAGUUGUAUAUUUUGCUAUUCUAAUUGCAUGUGUUCAUUCACAGCCCAAUGACAACUAUGUAGAAGCCCUUCUAAGCAAAUACGGCACCAAUGGUGUAGUAUCAAAAGAAGGAUUUUAUGAACUCAGCGCUAAACUAGGACUGGACCCUUCCUACGUCGCCGACGGGAGCGCGUGUAACACAUCUAUAGAUAGCACGUGUACACGUGUGUGUUUAGGGUAUGAGGAUAUCUUCCUAACGUACUCCAGGUCGGCUGGUCUGAACAAUACCAGUUUGACCGAUUCUCUGUCUGCCAUUGUCUAUUCUGUCCAAGAUGAUAACUGCCGCCAUGCAGUUGAAGAUACGGAAACAGGGGAGGCCGAGAAACCAAGUUCUGUUGAAGCAUGGGGGUUCGGCAUUAUAUCAGCAUCCGUCAUUGUUUUUAUCUCCAACAUUGGAGUGUUCUUCAAGCCGUGUAUGAAAACUGCCGGAUUCCAGCGGAUCAUGUAUUUCUGUGUAGCUCUGGCUGUUGGGACACUUGGGGGUACAGGACUUCUAGUUCUUAUUCCGGAGUCUCUGGGCAUCACUGGCGAGGAUAGCCCUAUCCCUCACUACAAGAAGAAACUGAUCACCGCCAUUGGUGGGAUCUACGUUUUCUUCCUAGUAGAACAGUGCAUCAACUGGAGGGCAAGCAACAAGAAAAAGAGUAAGGAGGUUGAAUUAUCAGACGUGAAGUCGUUACAGAGCAAACCCUCUAAUGAUAGUGCUCAUGGUCAUUCACAUCGGGCCGAGGGAGAAGUGGCGACGGUGGCUUGGACCCUCCUCCUCGGUGACGCCCUACACAACGUUUCGGAUGGUCUCGCCAUGGGAGCUGCCUACACGGAGAGUGUGGCUUUAGGAAUCAGUGUGUCAUUAGCCAUUCUCAGUGAAGAAUUACCACACGAGUUGGGUGACAUCGCCAUCUUGUUACAUUCUGGAAUGACAAUUAAGCGAGCGUUGUUCCUCAACUUCCUGGCUGCGGUGACAAUAUACGUCGGACUAGUAAUAGGAAUUAUUAUAGGGGAGAACACGGACGCCAACACGUUCAUAUUUGCUUUCGCUGGGGGUUUGUUUAUCUAUAUAGCCCUCGCCGAUAUGAUUCCAGAGAUGAGCAAUCAGGCCAUUAUAGCUGGAAAAAUAGGACAAGACAGUACUCGCAUGGUGUUCUUCCUACAGAAUCUGGGUCUUCUCGUCGGCUUCGCUAUUGUGAUUCUGGUAGCAACGUUUGGUGGUAAUAUCGCUACAUAAACAGUCUAUUUACAAGUACUGUCAAAUUUGAUGUGUGAAACAUCAGAGGAGUUUCUUUACAUCGGCAGAAAAGUGUAAUAAAUCAGCUGGGGGUCACUGAUUUGUUCCCCAGAACUCAAUAUGGAGCACAUCACUUCUUGCACAAUUAAGAUUGUGAAAUAGCUCAAAACGGUUUUCGAAGUUGUGGAUGUAAGGCAGUUUUCCUGUUCAUGUUUUCCCUGUGGUUUUAUGACUCUAAACAUUUAACUGUAAACAGAAUUUUAUACUUGUAUCGAUGACAUCAAUUUAUAAAUUAUUUGAAAAAGAUCAUAAUCCCUGUUAGAUCUGGAUGAAGAAUUUAAAUAAAUGGAAUAAUCAG